ACAAUCCGCACAGCCAAGUAAAAGCGGUUGUAUAACUAUAGUAAAAUGUCAUGAAAAGUGUUGUAAAAGAAUGUAACGUAUAAAAACAAAAAUAUUUUCAUUUUUCAAGUAAAAUGAGUACGUACGAAAUAAGUAAAUCUUCUCUUCUGAGUUUAAAAGCUGAAGUCCUAAAAAAACGGGAAGAGGUUAAUAACUCCAAACAGGAGAAUUCAAUCAAGUUGCUCAAAUGUAUGCAAAAAGGAAAAUUGGAGUUAAAGAAGAAAGCAUCGGAGCAGAGCAAGGCUCCUGAGAUAACUGAGGAGGAGUCAAAUCUUCUAAAGCAAUCUAAGUCGGCAUUGGAAAAUAAAGCCAAAUUAUAUGAUAAAUUGAGUAAGGGUUCAAAGAAUGAUGAGGAGAAAGAAAUAAAUCGUAAAUAUCUAGUGGAGUUUGAUAAAAAAAUCAAUAAAGGCAGAGAUGAUGAUUCCGAUGAUGAGAGGAACAGAUAUUCAGAGAGUGAAGAUGAUGUUAAUGAAGACAGUUACAGAGCAGAUAACUCAGAUGAUGAAUGGGUGGAGUAUGUCGAUUGUUUGGGUAGGACCAGAACAUGCUUGAGAAAAGAUCUUUCAGUAAUCAAAGAAAAAGAUAAGAGCUUGAGGAGUACAGUUGAGAAAAGAGAAUCUCGUGAAGAGAUUAGAAAUAAUUAUGAAAAGGAAUCUGAUGAAAAAUCAGAGGAUGAGGAUGAGAUACCCAGUGAGGAUUUCAAGGAUGACAGUGAAAUGUUAUCUAGCGAUAUGCAGCGCGAACUGCAACGCAGAAAGUGGGAAAAGGAAGAGGACGAUUUGCAGCAUAAAUCCGACGUGCAUUAUCAAGAUGUCCUGUUCAAUGAGGCCAGAACGCACGGUGUUGGAUAUUAUGGUUUCUCCAAAGACGAGGAGGAGAGAGCAAGGCAACAAGAAUCAUUGAACAAUCUGCGAAAGGAAACGCAGCAUAAGCAGAAAACUGCUCAAGAAGUAAAGAAGAAUCGUGAAAAGCAGAUGAAAACUAGGAUAUUGGCAGCCACGAACAGGAAGAGGGUGCGCGAAGGAUUACCUCCAUUAACAGAACUCGAAGAAGAAAAUCCAACUAAAGUUGAACCUAUUGAACCGGAGAAACCGAAGUUAUCGCAUAAAGACGAGGAAAAUGAGAAGAAACGAGAGGAUAAGAGGAAGAAGCACGUGAGGCCCUGGGAUAUUGGUAAAGAUGGUGUGAAAGAACACGUGGAAUAUUCUCAAGAAGAAUGGGUGGAUAAGCAGAGAAAGAACAGAGAUGAGGAAUUUGCUCCGCCUUCAUGUUACACUCAUGAUAAAUAUAGUGCCAAAAUUGAGCCCAAGAAGAAACUAAAUCCGUAUUUGAGUAAUUCUAAACAGGAAAGUAGACCUAUCCAAAACGAGUUGAGCGAGGAUAGCAGCGAAGACGAAGAUAGGUUGAUGUCAGAUUUUUAUAGAGUUCAAAAAGGUGCGGCUAUUCCACCUCCGUCCACUUUUGACUAUUACGGUCCAAGCAGCAAGAAACAAGCCAAGUUUGAUAAAAAUGACUCUGACAUGGAAGAUUCAAUUAUGCAGGGAUUAAAGUAUAUUAGGAAUAAGGUCGAAAAAAAGAAGUAUUAAUUAAAAAAUUUAAUAGAUGCUUGAUUUAAUUCUGAAUUUGCUGUGAUUCCUCUACAUGUUUGUACAAUACAUAAUAUAUUAAAUAUAAACCUUGACACUUGA